UCCGGGCCGAGUAACCUGGGCGACGCGGAGAGGACGCCGGGGUGGCCAUGUACCAGGUACCAGAGUUUUAUUCGAGGAGAAAGCGGUUGGAGCUGCAGACCUCCUCCCUGGAUCAAUGGGGAUUACAACUAGGAAAGUGGUACUGGAAAGAGGACACCAAGACUCUUGAAUUCAAAAGCUUUGCACCCGCAUUAGAACUCAAGGACAAAGGAAAGAAAGGCAAAGCGGUGCACUUUGUGGAAGCGGAUGGCGCGGCUAUGGAAAGGUUGACAGAUAAAAGGCUUUCUUCAAGAGAUGAGGUGACAAAGGCCUUAGAGAAACGAGGUCAGCAGGGCCACAUUACACUGGACGAUGUUAAGUAUGUUGCUUUGUUUUUGCUCCAAGAUAGUGAGAUGCAGCGGAUCUGUUCUUUUACGACAUUUAUGAGAAAUAAGAACCUUGACAUUUUCCUCAUGGCAUUAUUGUACUAUUUGUCUCAUUACUUGGAAAAAAACUCACUGGAGAAGAAGCCCAAAAGCUAUAUGGUGGGUCUUGUAGAGAAGAAGGAGAUGGAGCUGGUCUCCAGCAAGUUAGCAGCAGCCCAGAAAUACCUGGCCAAGAAGUACUGUGUCCUCCUGCUGGGCUCGGACAUGCCAGACAAGCACCACAUGUGCUGCGGAAGGGAUAAAAUAUCAGACACACAAAAGGACUGGAAAUUCUUCGAGUCCUUUUUCACUUUCUGUACGCAUGUAGCUUGGAUUGUUUUCCGCCGUCAACACCUGACAGAGAUUGAGGAAGAAAUUGGGAGGCUGUUCCGGACCAACAUGUUCAACAUCCCUCGCAGGAAGCACGAGGAUGAAGAAUCCGGAGGGGAGAGGAAGCGCAUGACUUUGGUCCAGUUCAGGAGGAUGAUGGCCAAACGCCCAGCGAUUAAAAAAGCCAUCAACAUGCGCUCUCCAGUCAUGUCUACUUUGCUGCCGUCUCUCAGGGAGAAAGCUCAGAAUAUUGCUGAGAAGAAGCAUCACGGGGGCCUGAGACGCUCGGCCUAUGCAGGGAAGCACUCGGUGAACCAGGACGCUGUGCCCAUGCCGGUGAUUGGCAUCUUGGGGGAGCCGCGGUACCUAUUCAACCCCCACACCCUCCUCCCCAUUGAGCCAGAAGAAAACGCAAAAGUAUCCGGCAGAAAUUCUUCUCUGAUAGAAAUACAGUGAGAAUUCAGGGCACCCUGGAUUUAGCCACGAAAAGCCUGUCUCAGAUAUCAUGACCUAAACAACCCAGUACAUUCUGUGUCUGUC